CCGCCGGGCGGGCUUUGUGGAGCGCUUGCAGAGGGGUGAGCCGAGCAGAACAAAGGAGAUCGGGGACCGUCACCCAAGCUUCCGGGGCCACCCGGGGUCGCCCACCGCCACCAUGACCGCCAACGGCACGGCCGAGGCGGUGCAGAUCCAGUUCGGUCUCAUCAACUGCGGCAACAAGUACCUAACGGCCGAGGCGUUUGGGUUCAAGGUGAACGCAUCCGCCAGCAGCUUGAAGAAGAAGCAGACCUGGACCCUGGAGCAGCCGCCGGACGAGGCGGGCGGCGCGGCAGUGUGUCUGCGCAGCCACCUGGGUCGCUACCUGGCCGCCGACAAGGACGGCAAUGUGACCUGCGAGCGCGAGGUGCCGGACUCCGACUGUCGCUUCCUCAUCGUGGCGCACGACGACGGUCGCUGGUCGCUGCAAUCCGAGGCGCACCGACGCUACUUCGGGGGCACCGAGGACCGCCUGUCGUGCUUCGCGCAGAGCGUGUCUCCAGCCGAGAAGUGGAGCGUGCACAUCGCCAUGCAUCCCCAGGUCAAUAUCUACAGCGUCACUCGCAAGCGCUAUGCGCAUCUGAGCGCGCGACCCGGCGAUGAGAUCGCCGUGGACCGCGACGUGCCGUGGGGCGUCGACUCGCUCAUCACCUUGGCCUUCCAAGACCAGCGCUACAGCGUGCAGACCUCGGAUCACCGCUUCCUGCGCCACGACGGGCGCUUGGUGGCGCGUCCCGAGCCCGCCACCGGCUACACGCUGGAGUUCCGCUCCGGCAAGGUGGCCUUCCGCGACUGCGAAGGUCGCUAUCUGGCCCCAUCCGGGCCCAGCGGUACCCUCAAGGCCAGCAAGGCCACCAAGGUGGGCAAAGACGAGCUCUUCGUCCUGGAACAGAGCUGCGCUCAGGUGGUGCUGCAGGCAGCCAACGAGAGGAACGUGUCCACGCGCCAGGGUAUGGAUCUGUCAGCCAAUCAGGAUGAAGAGACUGAUCAAGAGACCUUCCAGCUGGAGAUUGACCGGGACACAAAAAAGUGCGCCUUCCGUACUCACACGGGCAAGUACUGGACACUCACGGCCACUGGAGGUGUGCAGUCCACUGCAUCCACCAAGAAUGCCAGCUGCUACUUUGAUAUCCAGUGGUGUGACCGCCGCAUCACACUGCGAGCUUCCAAUGGCAAGUUUGUGACUGCCAAGAAGAAUGGGCAGCUGGCCGCCUCUGUGGAGACAGCAGGGGAUGCUGAACUCUUCCUCAUGAAACUGAUCAACCGCCCCAUCAUCGUGUUCCGUGGGGAGCAUGGGUUCAUCGGCUGCCGCAAAGUCACGGGCACUCUGGACGCCAACCGCUCCAGCUAUGAUGUCUUCCAGCUGGAAUUCAACGAUGGUGCCUACAACAUCAAAGAUUCCACGGGCAAGUACUGGACCGUGGGUAGUGACUCCACAGUCACCAGCAGCAGUGACACCCCAGUAGAUUUCUUCUUUGAGUUCUGCGACUACAACAAGGUGGCCAUCAAGGUGGGCGGCCGCUACCUGAAGGGGGACCAUGCUGGGGUCCUGAAGGCCUGUGCGGAGACCAUUGACCCCGCCUCGCUCUGGGAGUAUUAGGGCCACUUUCCCCCUGUGGGCCACAUAUCCAGCCCUACCUGCUGUCCUUCCUCUUUGGUGGCCCUGUGGCAGGUGGCAACCCUCCCUUGCCUUGCCUUUCAAACUGGAAACCCCAGAGAAAAUGGUGCCCUCACCUGUUGCCCUCUGUGGACCCUCUCCCUCUCCUUUCCUGCUCCCUGUCGACCAGUGGCUGCAACCCAUUUCUUGGAGGGACUUUUAGGGCCCUCUUGUACCCCUCCUCUGCCAUGGGGCAUGCUGGCACCUCUCUCUUCUGACCUCAGACAACUCUGAGCCUUAUCUCCCCAGGAAGUGGUCCAGGAGAAGUGGAGGGCUAGAGAGCUGCUCCAGCCCCUGGGCUUGUAACUGGAAUCUCCCCACCAUCCCCCAACGUGGAGGCCUUGCCUUUCUGGUAUAUCUGCUCCCAAAUUGGGAUGCAACAAGCCUUUGGGUGAGGGACUGAAGCUCGCUAUGGCCUGGCUUGUCCAGUGUUUUUCUGAAUCAUGACUGGAGGGCACCCCGUGCCACAUCCUGCAGAGGCCCAGCCUUCCUCCCUGACUCAAAGUGGACCAGAUGGCACCACCAGGUUCCCCUUGCACAUUCUGGGGUUGGGGGGAUCUGCUCCCAUCUCUUUCUUUGUACCUUAGCCUGACUGGAAGGAGAAAAUGACCAAAUCAGUAUUUUUUUUUUAACGAAAUGUUAAUGUUCGAAGUGCCCCAGGCAGGCCUGCUCGGUAAUAGCUGUGAGUGGUCUUGUUGGGGGCCGGGGGGUGGGGUGGUGGUGGUGGGGUAGUUGGGGUUGGCACCUGUCCUCCUGCCUUCCCAUUGGUUCCCUUCCUCCUGCCUGCCCACCCUCAGCCCUAGCCCUGGGAUUGGUGCUUCACAUCUACCUGACACCUGGGGCUCCUGGGCAGGAGAAAGCCAGGCAUGAACCUCAGGGGGCCCCUCCUGGCUCCCAGCCCCCCCACCCUGCCAGUUCUCCACCACCAUGCAUCUCGCUCUGGGUGUCUUGGUCUUUUAUUUUUUUGUAAGUGUCAUUUGUAUAACUCUAAAGGCCCAUGACAGUAGCUUUGAACUGGAAAAUAAAAUAAUUCCAAGUCUGC